UUUACUGGAGUCUGACACGAAAGAUGAAGCUUAAUACGGGAUUAUAUUUAAUGAUAAGCUGUGUGCUUGGCUCAGCCCAGAGAAAUUUGAAGCUAUGGAAACCCACAAAUUCGGUGACCAUUCGACAGAGUGGAGGGGGCUUUUGUGCCAAUCACGUGGCUGGUGACUUCGUGGAGCACGCGGAGGACUGUCACAUGUUUUACCUGUGCGUCGAGAACGGAGAUGCUGUCCUGGCCUCCUGUCCACCAACCAUGCUCUUCAACUCGGAAAGCCGACUUUGCGAUGCGGCGGGAAAUGUGAAAUGCAGAAACGGCACGGAUACCAGUAUGGAGAAUACUUCCCCCGAAGGUGGGGAUGGUGAUCUGAACAACAUGGUCACUGAUGCAGCCACCUACUGCUCCACUUUGAUGGAACAGCAGUCCAGCGAACGGAUUGUUUAUGUGGGAAGUUCUAGCAGCUGCAGCAAAUAUUACAUCUGCUACUAUGGACAGGCGAUACUGCAGGAGUGCAGCUCCCAACUGCAUUGGAAUGCAGUGACUGGCAAAUGCGAUGUUCCCGACAGGGCACAGUGCACUCUGGGCGGUCGGGAUGAUGACCUGCCCUCCGGUGGGAGUUCCAGCUUUCAGCCGGGCGGAUCCAUUUCGAGUGAUCUCAUCCACUGUCCGCCCUACGGACAGCAUUUGUACCCGCAUAUGCAGCGCUGCGAGUUCUUCAUCUACUGCGUGAAGGGACACGCCAGUCUGCAGCAAUGUCCCUUCUACUAUUUCUUCGACAUUGCCACCAAGAGUUGUCAAUGGUCGCGAACGGCGCUGUGUGUCCGCGAUUUGAAUUUGGCGCCACUAAUAAAAUAGAAACUAUACUUUAACUCAUUGGUAAGCACUUAUUU